UCGCAAUGUUGAGUUCUCCACCGGAGAACGCCCUCAACGGUCUGCUUCCGGCAAACACGCCAUACGCAGUUCUACCCCUUCAUCGUGGGUCAUCCCUAGCGAUUGGGCUACUGCGUCUCACCACGUUGCCAUUGAGAUCCCUUUCAUUCCACCACACGGACCUCCUACCACCCACCCCCCCCCCGCCCCCCCCCUUCCCCCAUCAUUCUCAGGCAGUCAAAACCCAUUCCUCCCGUUCCUACCCCAAUUGUUCUACCUCUACCGAUUCCCCUUACUUUCCUUCUAUCCCCAAAUUCUCCCCUCCUGUCCCCAUACCCACCAUCCAAGCACCACCCUCCUCCAUCCCACACCCCACCACCCACCCCAACAUCCCCCCACUUCCGACUCCUACCCCAUCAUUCUCAAGCAGUCAAAACCCAUUCCUCCGGUUCCUACCCCGAUUGUUCUACCACUACCGAUUCCCCCUACUUUCCUUCUAUCCCCAAAUUCUCCCCUCCUGUCCCCAUACCCUUCCCUCCUGUCCGCCAUACCCACCAUCCAAGCACCACCCUCCUCCAUCCCACUCCCGACCACCCACCCCAAUAUCCCCCCACUUCCGACUCCUACCCCACUACCACACCCUACGACCCCACCUCCUGACAUCACCCAGGAUUUUGGCUUUGAGCCAAACUUGGCGGCCUUCUAUACUCGGCACGACUCUAACAUAUACGACCCUAAGCCAUCCGUGAGCAGAUAA